AUGGAGGCCUUAAGAGACCGUCUCAAGCUGAUGGUGAAAACCUUCAGGAGAGAGUGCCACAGGGUUUUACAAUCCGAGAGAACCACCAUUCACGGGGCUGAUGGCAUGCUGAUGGUGCUGCAGCUCGCCAUAGCAGAAGUGAAUAAAAAGCACGGCGGAGAGUUCAAAGUGGCUCUGAGCGAUGUCCUGAUGGCCUGGAAACACUUAUUGUUAGACAAACUACACCUGCCACCCCCCAGCUUUGCACGCUUGGAGAACUAUGAUCUCAUCCUGGAGGCUUACGAAUCCUUCCUGAAACGCUCCAACACCGUGGACCUGGUUGAUAUCUUCUCCAUGUACAAACAACUGAGACUAGUGGAUUCGGACCCAGAGGAGCCUGUGAGCCCGACCCAGCUGUUUGAGUUCCUAUCAGGCAACAUGGAGAUCCCAGAGCUGCCAGACUCCUCAAUCCCGUCAACACCGUCUAGUAGAGUCAGGCCCUGCAGCUCACAGGUGAAAACGGCAGUACGAAGGAUUUUCUGCUCCUAUCUGAAUUUGCUCAUAAACUCCAAGAACGACAUGGCCCUGGCGCUAACCCUGGACGUCCCCAGUCGCGCUCUCGGACGACAGGCAUUCACUGACCUCAAGCAUGCUGCACAUGACAACAACACCUCUCUCUUCUUGGCUGUGACAUCUUUCGUCAGGGCCAUUCAGCUCGGAGGGAAGGGCUACGCUCCAGCUGAGUCUGACCCACUCAGGAAACAUGUCAAAGGCCUGUCUGACUUUGUCCAGUUUCUAGACAACCUGGAAGAAAUACUGGGGGAGAUCCCUGACCCAAGUGUGUGUGGAGCCAGGCUGGUGGCCGCCAUCAGGGCAGUGCUGGUGAAGGGACGCAGCAGUGGAGAGGCAGUGUACGCUGCAGCUGAAGAGACGACAAAGGAGCUGAAGGAAAGGAUCUGCCAGCUACACCAGAUCCAGAAACAGACUGCUAAUGGAAGUGGGACUGGGAUAAGUCCUGCCAGGCCAAAAGCUUAUGCAGUCAAUCAUGCCACUGCAUAUGGAGGUCGGGACACUGUCAAGGUGCUGAUGGCGCUGCUGGAUGAAGAAGCCGUGACUCCUCCGUGUCCAAACAAGGCAGACCUGCUGUCUGAGGACCAGCCUGUCCUCAGUGGAGCCGAGGGAACGUCCAUCCUCAUGAUGUUCAGAUCCCCUGAAGUGUCUACUGGAUGUUCUCCAGAACCCCUAAGGAACCGAGUCCAGAGCCGACUAGACCUUCUCAAACCCAAGGCCAGAGACAGAGUCAUCCGAUCCCAGUUUGCCUGCACGUACAAGGAUGAAGAAUUGCCUCUCAACCGUGUGCUGGACUUCCCCAGCAGCAGCCAGGUCCCUACCUGUGUGCACCCAGCACCCAAACGCAAAACCACCACAGCUGAGGAUGACGAGUGCAGCUCUGACGUGGAGGACGCAACCACAGCCCAGCCUACCUCUGAAUGUCCGAAUAAGGAGCAGAGUGAGGUACAGCGGGGGGCAGCUCUCCACCAAAGAAGCGGAAAUGCCCAAAACAGAGGUGUGGGCCCCGGUAAUAGAAAGAAAACUGGCAUUCAGAUGCAGAGCAAGGGGAACAAGAGGAAGCAGCUGGACGCUGACCAACAUGGUGGAUCAGAGAAUGAGCCUCCACAGAAGAAACAGCCGACUCGUGCGUCAGUCAAACUGCCUGGCAAAAACAUCAGCAAGGCCCCGAGUAAGAAGAAGCUAAUAGCUGGACAGGGAAAGCUAACCAGCUUUUUCAGAGUCUAA